AAUCUUGCUGUUUACGCCAAAGUAAUUAGCGUAAAUAUUUUGUUUCUGUUUAAACGCUGCCCAUUCCCUUGUGCCCUAAUCCCUAAAACGGGCCGAUAGGGCACUGCGUCUGCAACUGGCUCCCGUCGUCACUUGCUCUCAUGCGACCGAGAGAAACGAACGUCUUGCUUCCGUGCUUCCGUUUUAUUGCUUCCGUGCAAACAUUUUAUUUAGUUUUAGCAUUCCUUACUUCAAGGCUAGAAAGUUAUUUUCAGUUUAGUUUUCUUUUAAUUUCAAAACAAGGGAGUGAUAUCCGCCAGCCGCCGAUAGAAAAGGUUCGGACGGAACCUAGCAAGUAUUGUAGUAAUCUAAGCCAUCAUAUUAUCCAGGGCCUUGGUUAUGUUGACGAUUUAGGUGCUGCAUUGCUGGGUACCGAACAGAAGAUUGGCGAGGACUACACACCCGUCACCUCAGGUAUUGGGGUUUUGUUUUAAUUGUAUUAUUUGGUUAUUGGUUUCGCGACCACACCAGCGCGCGCCUUAUUUAACGGCGCCUACAUAAUUAAUGACCCACGCUCCCAAUUGGGAACCAGAUUUAAGCUCUGGUCCUCCGGGCCGGAUCUGAACCAGCGACCUAUGGAUACAGACCGGUACGGUCUUCAGAAGCGUCUGUGUGUCAUUUUGUCAUACCUGUCCUAUCGUAAGUUUUUGAAAAUGUGAAGGGGACUUUCUUUGGCGUUUUAAAAUUAUUUUAAUUAAAUGACGCUCAAAGAUUCCAGCCCAGUACCAUACAGGUAACAUUGUCUAUCCAAGAUUGCAAAAGUUAUGUGUGCAUUUUUGAAAUUUAUUUUUAUGUAUUAUGUAUAUUCUAUGAAAAAUCAUUGUCAACUUGACAUGGUUUGUGCAUUUCCCCUUAGUUCUGGUACAUGUCUGCUGGUUUUUUUACAAUUCUAAUUUCCUUUGUUUCUACGUUGCCAUCAAUGUCGCAGAAGAAUAUGGCUUGCUAUCUUCAGUUAUUAGGAUUUCAAGCAGGGCGAGGCACCGGCGCAAGCCCACCGCUGAAAAAGUUGAAACGCGGUGUAUUCUGACAGUCUAAAACAAUGUGGAACUGUGGACAUUCUUACCAAAAAGGAUAAGGAACGACAAAACUAUAAUUCCGUUUGCCCAUAUCCACAAAUUGGUCAACUGGAAAAACCCGCCAAACCACAAACGUGCGAUGUGAUUAUGUGAAGGUUGAAAGGUUUUGUUUGUCAACAACCUGUUGCCACAAAUUUUCACUAAAUCAGUUCCUCAUCAAUAUUGGACGAUUACCACAAAAUGAAACAGUGGGAAGGAUGGCCAGGGCGAUUCUUUGUUGCGUGAAACCAGAAGACAACGAAGAGAAAAGGAUAUUAGAUUUGAAUCCAGGAGAUAAAGUGAGAUUAGGAAGGGCGCAUAAAAACGAAUUACCUAGGGUUGAAAACGGUCUUUUUAUUUUAAGGAGGCCGUUUAUCUCUUAUAAUCAUGCAUUUAUCUUUCAUAUCGAUAAUGAGUUUUAUUUAGAAGAUCUCAGUACAAAUGGAACUUACAUCAAUGGAAAACAGAUUGACAAAGGUCAACGAACACCUAUCACAACAGGAGAUAUUGUACAACUCGGAAAAGACAAAAUUGAUCAACACGAUAAUCUUCCAGUGGUAUUGUUUUACAUUCAACUAUUUCUACCUGGACCGGAAAAUGAGGAAUAUUUAUUGAAAUUAGAAAAUGAAUAUCCAAGUGUAAUAAACACUUAUUCUAAUUAUCCGACGUUUCCCUUAAACCUUCAAUACUUGUAUGAUGCUACAUUAAAAAGAUUUGAACACUGUAAAGUUUUACAGCACCUUAACAAGUUUGGCGAAGUGGAAUUCAAUGGGUUGAGCAGUGUUAAACACAUGGUCGACGAGCUGAGUCAGCAUGAUCUUCACACAUUUUGUGAUUUGGUUACAAGAAAAUCGAUGUCAUGUAAGGAUUAUUAUUUGGCUAAAAUAUGCGAUGAAGCUUCGCAUUUUAUCCUUCGGAUUGCUUGCUGUCGGAAUUACCCCUUGCGAAAAUGGUUUAUCAAGCAGGAAACUAAGCUUCUUUUCAUUAAAUGGUUUUACCUAAAUGAUUUUGAAAGGAAGAGACUUCUAUAUUCUGAAGGCUUACAUUACCCAAAAGCUGAUGAUUUAGAGAAAAAAGUAUUGGCCAAAAAGUCGGAAGGGUUUUUGGAUGUUGACAAAUCUUACUUUAAAGUACCAUUUUCUGAAGCAUCCAAUUUACUCAGAACUAAAACUGCCAUAAUUGAAAAUGGCAUUAUAUUUGUUAAAACUGAUCAAAUGGUUUUAACCAUAAUGGUAAAGCUAGACACCACAAUGGAUAUAACAAUGAAGCAUGUUAAAAAACGCUUACACAACAUUUGGGACGAUAAGAGGAUUGUUUCGAUAAUAAACUAUGUGGAAAAAAAUAUUCACUUUGACCGUUAUUCCUUUUCACAGAGGGAUGCGAACAUUCUUCCUGGACAUAUUCAAAAGCUUUCAGCUGAGUCGUUUCCUUUGUGUAUGAAAUUGCUUCAGGAUCAAUUGGCGAAGGACCACCACCUUCGAAAUGGUGGACGGUUUCAGUACAGCCUCUUUUUAAAAGCUAUUGGCCUUUCUUUGCCCAACGCAAUGGAUUUUUGGAGGUAUCAUUUCACAAAGAAAAUCCCUGUUAGCAAGUUUAUGAAAGAGUAUUCUUACCACAUUAAACACGUAUAUGGAGUAGUUGGUAAAAUGGCAGACUAUCCUCCUCAAAACUGCGCGGAGAUCAUGAAAGCCGUUCCAGGUCCACUCGACUACCACGGUUGUCCUUUUAACAUAUUUGAUAAAAACAGGAUGAGAAACAUUUUGAAACGAAUUGACAUAAAGAAAACAGAUAUAAAUAAUAUACUGGAAGUUAUGGAAAAAGGAAUGCCGCAAAUGACAUGUUCCAAAUAUUUUGAUACCAUGCAUGGUACGAUGUCUGUUAAGGCUAUAAGGCACCCGAAUCUUUAUUACGAAGCUAGUCGAAAAAUAAGAAUUGAAUACGAAAAGUCUAGUAGAAAUCAAUUUGGGCUGAGCAAUCUUUCAACAUUAGAAAAAUGUGGAUGUGCGUCAAAAUCUGACGCAUGGUAAUCACAUUAAAACACUUUUUUUAACCCUAAAUCAAAAAGGAAAAAGUGUAUAAAGUAUUUUAUAGUCAUUUGUGUAAACCUCAGACUUAAUUUCAUCUUAAUUGUUUUAAAGGACCUAUAAGCUUUUCUAUGAAGUGUUUAUUUGCAAAAUUAUCAAUUUUAAUUUGUGUUUUUAUAUAAUUAUU